AUGAAUUCUGACUGUUCUUCCACAGGCUGCUCUUCUGCAUCUGUUACCAGGUCUUCCGAUUCUCCAUCUGCUUCAACCUGUUCUGUGGAAAAGACUUGUCUCCCUAGUGUCUGUGCUACAUCCAGAUGCCAGACCCCCACCUUCCGAUCCAGGCCUCGUUUGUCAUCCGGUUGCCUCACACCAUGCUACUUUGCUGGGAGUUGUAAUAUUCCAUGCUUGGUGGGGAACCCUGGUUGGUGUGAGGAGGGAGCAUUCAACAGCAAUGAGAAGGAGACAAUGCAGUUCCUGAAUGACAGGCUUGCCAACUAUCUGGAGAGGGUCCGUGGCCUGGAAGAGGAGAAUGCAGAGCUGGAAUGCAGGAUCCGAGAACAAUGUGAACAGGAAAUCCCACUGGUGUGUCCUGAUUACCAAUGCUACUUCAACACCAUUGAAGAUCUCCAACAAAAGAUCCUGUGCACAAAGGCAGAGAACUCGAGACUAGCUGUACAACUUGACAACUGCAAACUGGCUACCGAUGACUUCAGGUCAAAGUACGAAAAUGAGCUGUCACUUCGCCAGCUGGUGGAGGCUGACAUCAGUGGCCUGCACAAGAUCCUGGGCGAGCUGACCCUGUGCAAAUCUGAUCUGGAGGCCCAUGUGGAAUCUCUGAAGGAAGAUCUCCUUUGCCUUCAGAAAAGCCAUGAGGAGGAGGUCAACAUACUUCGCGGACAGCUUGGUGACCAACUCAAUGUGGAGCUAGAAACUGCCCCUACAAUGGACCUCAACAGGGUCCUGGAUGAGAUGCGUUGUCAGUAUGAAACGGUUCUUGCCAACAACCGCAGAGACGUUGAAGAAUGGUUUGCCGUUCAGACGGAGGAGCUGAAUCAGCAGCAGAUGUGCAGCACGGAACAGUUGCAGGGCUGCCAGACGGAGAUCUUAGAACUGAAACGCACAGCCAACACUCUGGAGAUUGAGCUCCAAGCCCAACAAAACUUGACCGACUCUCUGGAAUGCACUGUAGCAGAGACUGAGGCCCAGUACAGCUCCCAGCUGGCCCAGAUGCAGUGCUUGAUUGAUAACGUGGAGGACCAGCUGGCCAACAUCCGCUGUGACCUAGAACGGCAGAACCAGGAGUACGAGGUGCUGCUGGACACAAAAGCCAGGCUGGAAUGUGAGAUCAACACAUACCGGGGCCUCCUCGAGAAUGAAGAUGACAGAAUGUCUCCUAACCCAGGUUCUACAACAUGUACGUCAAGUGACCCCUGUGAGUCCUGCACAGCCUAUGUGCUAUGCACAGUUGAAACCUGCUGUGCAUGA